UGUCGGCUCUCUGCUCCGCCCCCGCAGCGCCGCCCGCCACCCUCGCCGUCGGGUCGCCCCCGCGCCCACCACCCGAGCUCAUUCAUUCAUAACCCCCCUCAGUCCCCACCUCUCCUUCUCCCCUCUCCCCUCCCACGCCAGACCUCACGCAUUCCCCGCCGCAGCAGGUCGCGAGCUCCCAGCUCCAGCUCCCCCCCAAAUGGUGAGCGCGUCCAGCCUGCUGCUCCCCUCCUCCGUGCGGGACCUCGCCUCCUGCGUCUCCGAUGGCGCCGUUCGCGUCGCCUGCACCACGCCGGCCUCCACGCUCGUCGCCGCCUCCGCCGCGGGCUCCUCCUCGCCGGCCACGCUCUCCGUCGCCGUCACCUACCGCGCCACCCCGCUCUCCCCAUCCUCCCCGCCGCUCCUCCUCCGCCUCACCUGGUCCCACUCCCCGCUCGGGCCCCCGACGCUCUCCUUCGCCGGGCCCGCCGCCUCCUCCCCGGCCGUCCUCCUCCGCCGCCGCAAGGGCACCCGCUCUCUCCCCUCCGACGACCAGCAGCACCCCCCGCUCGCCCUCUUCUGGGACCUCACCGCCGCCAAAUAUGCCGCCGCCGCGUCGUCCCCCGAGCCGGUCUCCGGUUUCUACUUCGUCGCCGUCGCCAACGCCGAGGUCGUCCUGGCGGUCGGCGACCUCGCCGCCGAGUUCGUGAAGGCCAAGUUCGAGGGCCAGAUCCCCAAGGCGCGGUUCCUCCCCGUGUCGCGCGCGGACCGCGUCGUGGCGGCGCCCAACGCGAUGCACAGCGCGCGCGUCCGGUUCGCGGAGGGCGCGCCGGAGCACGAGGUCAGCGUCGGCUGCGCCACCACCUCCGGAGGCAGCGAGGAGCUCUGGGUCAGCGUCGACGGGAAGCGCGCCGUGCACACGCGCCGGCUCCGCUGGAACUUCCGGGGCAACCAGACUGUCUUCGUCGACGGCGCGCCCGUCGACGUCCUGUGGGACCUGCACGGCUGGUGGUUCCGGGAGCAGCCCGGGUGCGCCGUCGUCAUGCUGCGCGCCAGGAGCGCGCUGGAGAGCCGGCUCUGGCUGGAGGAGGAGGCCGCCGCGCCGGGCUUCGCGCUCGUCGUCCAGGCCAUGAAGACGCCGCCUUGAUGCUCACUGCUUCAGCUCUCCCAAGAGCAGUCCCUGUCCCUGUCCAAAUUCAUCGCCACAUGACUGUCUCUGUUUGCAAAGUCUGACGGGGGUGUAGGUGUGAUGAUCCACUUGGUGUUGGUCCCAAGCUGUCCCGGCAUACAGCACAACUGCUUCUCCUUGCCAGUUUCUUCUCCGGUGAGAGCUUCACUUUCCUGCUGCUUCGCACGAGAGAACGAGAGAACAGAUCCUGCUGCGUCUUUGGUUUUGUUUUUCUCUCUGGAGUUUAUCUGAUACUCCCACGCCAAAUUGGCAUUAGGAUAGCAGACGAAAGGGACUGAUGAAGGUGUCACCCAUCAUGUGAGCAUCAUCAUAUCUGUUACUCUAUUUGCCAAGCAACCAUGUUGCCACACAUUCAUUUUUAUAAAUUUUUUAUAAAAAGAACAUGUUGCCACACAAGGACAAAUUUUCCACUUUAAUUCUUGGUAAACUUGCUACAGCAGCGUGUGAGUAUGUUGCUAAACAUGCUCAAACAUACAUCUGAUUACUUAGCAGUAUCAUAUCAAGAAACCAGUACAAGAAAAAGUCUAGAGUCUCCAUAUGUGUGAGAUGAAUGGAUGAUUGCUCUCGGCACGGCACGUCGGCAGCCAUGGAAUCUGGCCAACUUCAUCGUGGUUUCUGAGCUGCGCCUUGUUUUGGACUUGGAGUCAGAGUUGGAGUUGGCCAAAUGCAGUGUUGCUUUCAAGAUUUAUUACUCAUUGCUUCCAAGUUGUGCAUCGUGUGGAGUGGUAAUGGUGACCUGAUCUGUAGAUGACUGGAUACAAAUGGUGUGCUGAGUUUGCUCGCAGUGCUCUUGAUACUGUUUCAGAUAUGACCACUGGCUUAAAAUAGCAGCACAAUCAUUGAUUCUUCACUGCAGCACGUCUGGAAAAUUCAGCUGAA